AUGGGAGAAAUGGAGGACUUGAGGAAAGAGGCAGAGAGUCUGAAGGACCAGAUCACGGCGGCCCGUAAGUCUUUUCAGGACACCACGCUGCAGGACGCAUCAGCUUCCAUCACAGUCGUGGCACGAGUGCAGUUGAAAACCAGAAAAACACUGAGAGGACACUUGGCCAAGAUCUACGCCAUGCACUGGUCGACAGACUCCAAGCUGUGUGUCAGCGCCUCACAAGAUGGAAAACUAAUCGUGUGGGACACAAUCACAACUAACAAGGUGAACGCCAUCCCGCUGAAGUCGUCGUGGGUGAUGACCUGUGCCUAUGCGCCGUCGGGGAACCUGGUGGCCUGCGGAGGUUUGGACAACAUGUGCUCCAUCUACAACCUCAAAGGGAAGGACGGCAACGUCAAGGUGAUGAGGGAGCUGGCCGCACACAACGGAUACCUUUCCUGCUGUCGGUUUCUCAGUGACAGUGAAAUCAUAACCAGCUCUGGAGACUGCACCUGCAUGCUGUGGGACAUCGAGACGGGCACCAUAAAGACCACGUUUGCCGGGCACCAGGGAGACUGCAUGUCGCUGGGCGUGUCUCCAGAUUUUAAGUUCUUCAUCUCUGGAGCCUGUGACUUCACGGCCAAACUGUGGGACAUCCGCGAGAACCAGUGCAGACAGACGUUCUCAGGGCAUGAGAGCGACAUCAACGCCAUCGGGUUCUUUCCAAAUGGGAACGCUGUGAUCACCGGCUCGGACGACGCCAGCUGUAAACUGUACGACCUCCGCGCGGACCAGGAGCUCAUCACGUACCAGGACUCCAGCAUCAUGUGUGGGGUCACCUCUCUGGCCCCGUCUCUGUCCGGGAGACUGCUGCUGGCCGGGUACGACGACUUCAACGUCAACAUCUGGGACAUGCUCAAAGCAGAGAGAGUUGGGGUUCUGGCCGGACACGACAACAGGGUGAGCUGUAUCGGGGUGUCCUCAGAUGGGAUGGCCUGCUGCACGGGCUCCUGGGACAACUUUCUCAAGAUUUGGAACUGA